ACUGAUGAAAGAGCUCAAGGAAAAGGAGGAAUCUCUUCUAAUUUGCCAACAAUUAUGCAAACAUUUACAGGAAGAGGUGGCUGAGAAAGAAAGGAAAGAUGAUCUAAAAAGAAGAACCGGUCGAUCGGAAAGCGAACUGGAAGCGCUGAAAGCUCUGCUUAGCCACACAGAGGAAGAGGUGGCGAUGCUGAAACAAGAAAGGGAGUUAAUGCUGAUUUCUCAUCAAAACAGAACAGAGCAGCUGCAGGAAACUUUAAGGCAGAAGAUGCGGAAUGAAGAUAACUGGAGGGAGAAGAUGGAAAUUGGUCUGGCUAAAGGUGAAGCACGACACAAAGAAGCGAUUCUGAAAGUCAAGGAAGAGGCGAGGGCGGAACUAGACACUGAGAGACAAAAACAGCAAGAACUGAUUACAAAAUAUCAGAGGGAUCACGAAGAGCUUCAGCAGAAGAUACCAGGAUUAAUAUCCAGUGCCACCAACAGCUUAAGGAUGGAGACAGAAAUUCUUGAAAAGAAGCUGCAAGAUGCCCAGAUCAAACUUGCAGAGAAAGAUGAAGAUAAAGAAAAAGAAAUUCAGAGCCUUAAAAGACUGAUUACUGAACUUGAAUUUCAGCUCACGAUGGAAAAGAACAAUAAUGAAUCAUUUCUGGAUAAUAUGAGGAAAGAAAUUAAACAGAAGUCAGAUGAACUGGAAAUGUUAACCCAGGAGAAGACACAGCUGAUUCAGAAUUUGAGUCAAGUUCAAGAGGAGAAUGCUCUUCUCCAGGAAACAGUGCGCAGAGAGUGUGAGGAACGCUAUGAGCUGACUGCAGCUUUGACUCAAGCCAGGGAACAAGUACUGGAACUAAAAAAGCUCAGUGGAAACUUCCCGUUAUCACCGUGUUCCCUGACUCAGGGCAGCCUAACCUCCUCUGCUGCCCCGCUCGCUGAUUACGGGCAGAAAAGCCGCCCGAGCCCCGGCGCUGGGGAGGAAAUCAAUCUCUCCGGACAGGCCUCACGUAAGAAGACGAGCCGUACGUACUUCGCCCGGCUCCCAGGGCGCACGGUCUGCGUCGGCUGCGGCAACGGAGACGUGGGAAUCCACAGCAGCCGCAUCGAUCCCUGCUCCCCCUCGCCCAUCUCCCCCGCCUGCACCCCCGCGCAGAGCGCCAUGCCAGCCCGCAGCUCUGGGUCAUGCCGUGCUUACGGCUCUGGCAGCGGUACACCAAGGGAUCACCCCGGCAGCAGGCUGCUCCGCACUGCGAACCCCUGA